AUGUGGCUCGACAGAUCAAAAGAUGGCAGCUCCUUUCAUGACCUUACUAAUAACGACCUUAAUACCGACUUUGACUUCGAUGGCCAGUCUCUUUAUGAAUUUGUGUCGCGCGCUUCAAAGAACUCAGACAACGUCCAAAUCGUUCAAGGAUGUGAACUCGAGAGCACAGAUCUUGAGAUUCUUCGUACCUCGAUUACAGAAUGCGAUGGCGUUCUAAGCUCGGUUGAGUCGAACUUCACGAGUUUUCGAAACGAGCUCGCUUCAGUAUCUGCAGACAUUGAAUCUCUACAACAUCGCUCAGCGGCACUGAAUAUCCGACUAGAAAACAGGAAAGCUAUUGAGAAAUCCCUUAGCCCGGUUGUAGAGGACUUGAGCGUUCCGCCUGUGAUCGUCGCCAAGCUCGUGGAUGGCCAAAUCGACGAGUCCUGGAUCAAAGCCCUUGGUGAAAUUGAUAAGAGGCUUACUGCCUAUCGAAGAGAUACGAGUAGCUCCGCACAGAACAAGGCUUGGACUGAUUUGGGUCCGCUGCUAGAUAAGCUUGUUCUCAAGGUAAUCCACUUCGCCCGACUUGACAUGAUUUUUCUAACGAAUGAUAGGCGAUAG